GNUAUCGAGUUUUCCUUAGAUUCUAUUUCCAUUUGCUCAGGUUCCGAAUUUUGUCCUCUGUUUUUAUUGGUUUAAGGAUGUCGAGUUUAGAGGAGCCGCUUGGUCUUGAUAAGCUGCCAAGCUUGAGCAAUAUCGAUCGACUGUAUGGGUUCUCAUCCAGUGCUUGCAGGCCUAUCAGAGAGGACAUGGGGAUGGGCAACUGCUGGAUUGAAGGAAGAAGUUGCAGCUCAUCUAAUAGCUGCGAGGAAGAUUUUGAGGAGUACACGCAAGAGGCUAUUGCAUGGGGAAGACAAAAGAAAAUCUCAUUGCAGAGGACUUCAAGCCUUGGUAGGAGUUCUGUGGCCUGUGGAAAUAUGAGCAAUUUCCGCUAUUUGUCCGGUUAUAAUCAAUCAUAUUGUUCGGACUGCAAUGGCAGUUACAAGAGAGAUUCAAAAUUCAAGCUUUUUAAAGACAUGCCAAUAUUUGUGAAGAUAGUUGAGGUUGGCCCGAGGGAUGGUCUACAAAAUGAGAAGACAAUUGUCCCAACAUCAGUCAAAGUCAAUUUGAUCCGUAAAUUAGUUUCAUCAGGGUUAUCUGUUGUUGAGGCUACCAGUUUUGUUUCACCAAAAUGGGUACCUCAGUUGGCGGAUGCAAAGGAUGUGAUGGAUGCAGUUAAGAAGUUGGGAGGUGUUAGAUUGCCUGCACUCACACCUAAUCUUAAGGGUUUCGAAGCUGCUGUUGCAGCUGGUGCAAAAGAAGUAGCUGUUUUUGCAUCAGCUUCCGAGUCCUUUUCGAAGUCGAAUAUUAACUGCAGCAUUGAAGAGAGCUUAGCUCGAUAUCGAGCUGUAAUUUCUGCUGCCAAAAAACUCUCAAUUCCCGUGCGUGGGUAUGUGUCUUGUGUGGUUGGCUGCCCGGUCGAAGGAUAUAUCACUCCUUCGAAAGUUGCUUAUGUGGCAAGGGAGCUUCAUAACAUGGGCUGUUUCGAGAUUUCACUUGGAGACACAAUAGGAGUUGCUACACCUGGUAGUGUUCUCCCUAUGCUUGAAGCAGUAAUGGCAGUUGUCCCGAUUGAGAAACUUGCCGUUCAUUUCCACGAUACUUACGGCCAAUCCCUUCCUAAUAUCCUUUUGUCCCUCCAAAUGGGAAUUAGCACUGUUGACUCGUCAGUUUCGGGUCUUGGAGGCUGUCCGUAUGCAAAAGGGGCUUCAGGUAAUGUUGCCACAGAGGAUGUUGUGUACAUGCUCAACGGCCUUGGGGUGAAGACCAAUGUUGACUUGGACAAGCUUUUGUUGGCCGGAGAGUAUAUAAACGGGUAUUUAGGCCGUCAGUCGAGCUCUAAGACAGCUGUUGCAUUGGGCCGCGCGCCAAAAAAAUGUUAAUGCGUCUGAUUAGUCGUGCGCACGCGUGUCGUUUAAGUGUUAUUUGAAGAUUUCGAGCCCUUGGACUUGUUCUUCAGUGCAUUAUCAUUAUUAUUGUUAUUAUUGUUAUUAUAAUUACUGUAUGCAAUUCGUGUAUGUUGGUCCGAUUGCUGCAAGAGAAAUUGACAGCAUAUGUGUAACCAUUUGAGAAUAUAUAUAUACACAUUUAUGCAGUUGCUUUCUGUAGAGCUUGUUGAAAAACACAAGGGGAAUGUGGGUUUGCAGAAUGCCUUUGGGAAAUGCUGAAUGGAUUUUAGUAAUCCCACCUAUUUUGGAUUGUGAAAUUUUGAUACUGGAGUAUUGAAUUUUUUUUAAA